CGAAAAACCACCAAGGAAGCGCCACCGUCGUCCUAGCUGCAUGCAGGUCGACCGAAAGGUGAGGAUGUUGUACCUGAAGGAGGAGGUGUGUACACCAUCUUGGUGUCGUAGAAGGUCUCUUGAGAACAGCCAUGCCUCGAUUCUCUCAGACACCUGAGACGUAACGAGCCCACGAGUUGCUCAUGCUGUGGAACUCCUGGGAAGAGGGGGGCAUACACGUGCACAGCAGCAUGUCAACUCGCUGCCUGCCGAGACAUUCGGUAUUUUACUAUGUUGCCACGUAGGUGUCAACCCUCAAGCUACCUAUGGACGUAGAAUAGAUGCCCUCUGCCAGUGGAUCCCUCUGAACAGCCGAGAAGCCAAGCAGGUCGGAGAUUCGCGAGUUGCGUGACCAGGAACGCGCUGCGUGAUGCACGUCAAGCAGCUAUCCGAACAAAACCCCUCACAUCAUUCUGCGACUUCAACCCCACGGCCCACCACACAGACUUUUGGGGUGCCUGCCGAACAAAUAAUUGCCUGGCCACUGCCGUCGGCUUCAACCGAAGCCGUCGCUGUCGAGGUGCGACGUUGUCACUCAUCCUGAGAGGCGCCAAGGGGAACGAGACAGAUUCGACAAAGAUGGGAUGACAAGUACAAGGCACAAUAGGAAAGCCGGGAGUGCGGGCCUAGUCAGCCAUCUUCCCGUGCGAGCGAUCCAAAGUCUAAACUUCUCUGGGCCAAUUGCAGCUCCGCGAACCUCUUCCAUUCUCAACUCAAUCUCACUCUUCCCGGAAAGACUUUCAGAGAUUAUGCAUAUUUCCAACACCGCAACCAUAGCCGCUUUGGUCAAUAACAACUUUACACCACUCCCCGGAGAGAGCAGCAACUCCAACAUUAUGGAUAUGGAUAUCACGGCAGGCAACGACAAGUAUCACAAAGCCAAAGCGGUGGGGGGGUUUCCGAUGACCUGGGUUAAAGUGGUAAGGUCCCCUGCUUGACUGACCAAUUAGGGCCCGAGCUUGGCCGAAAGGCGCUGUGUCGUCAGAGCUCCAGGGAUCCCGCGCUUUUACCUUGCGACGCAGGGCUGGCAGGCAAUCUUUUCCGUCCCAGAAAGUCCCCUCUUGUCUUCCCCAUGUCCACUUCUGUCCAGCAAUUGUACAGCUUCCUGUCGUUGUUUGAGCUUGGUUGACUCCUAGGAUGUGAGAACUUGCCUCGGGGAAUCAAAGUCUAUACUCUGUACAUUUCUUCUUAGGUGGCUCAGCACCAAUCCACAAUAUGGCGCCCGCGAAAGCCGCCCGGGGCGGUCAGGAUGACUCCAAGACGGACACACCAAAUACAAAGGAGAAAAACGGAGGGCAUUCACACCAGUCCAACGGAAAGAUGCGCCGUGUCGCAAGCAAUACCGGUUCCAACCUGAAAGAAGUCACCAAUGUCAGCGCCACGAGUGCUCCGGCAAUGGCUACAGCGGCUGGCUCGGCCACCACGACGGGUGCGCAAGGGGCGAACGUUCCUGGUCUCCAAUGGCCUGCCUUUGAUCGCGAAGUCCUCCACGCCUACCGCCGAGCCUACCGAUUGAGAACACCGACCACCUUUGCCAGCGAACACCACCAAUGGGUUCUCACCCAACCUGGGAGUCUAGGUCUCUACUCGCCGACGAUUGCAAGACGAAAAGAACUCCGAAGACAAACGACGGAUCAGCUGUCGACGGCGGUCAGGAAACACUUUAAUGGUCAAGGGGCGCAAGAAAAUGACAUUAUCGUCGAGUUUCUACACAAGAUCAAGACCCGAAGACCACAAAGGCCUGCGAGGAAGCCCAGAGAGUAUAUACAUUUACCUCCUGAGCUCGAUAAAUAA